AUGGCGCAAAAAGUCGCAGCUGUUACCGGUUCGAAUAAAGGACUGGGUUUCUUCGUAGUCAAAAGACUGUGUCAGCGCUUUGAUGGUAUUGUUUACUUACUAUCAAGGAAUAAGGAAAGAGGAUUGGAGGCGGUGAGAAAAUUGAAUAAAAUCGGAUUAAAACCUGAGUUUCAUUUAUUGGAUGUCAGUGACAAAGAAAGUAUAAAGGAAUUUGCUGAAUUCAUUAAAACAAAACACGGCGGCCUGGAUGUUCUUGUGAAUAAUGCAGCCAUUAUGGAUUAUAAUACGGUUUAUCCUACUUACGAAGGCGCCAAACACAAUAUCGACGUUAAUUACAGAAGUUUAUUAGACAUUGAAAAAUAUUUAUAUCCUUUACUAAGAGAUGGCGCUAGAGUUGUCAAUGUGUCAAGCAUGUGUGGCCACCUUUCCAAUUUACGCAACAAAAAGUGGCUAGAUUUAUUAACGAAGGAAGAUUUAGAAACUGAAGAUAUCAAUAAUUUUGUUGAUGAUUAUUUGAAUAGCGUUAAGAACGGAACCUUUAGAAAAGAGGAUUUUGCUGAUGAGGGUAAGCAUGCAGAACAUAGAGUAUCUAAAAUCGCAGUGACAGCUUUGACAAUGGUACAACAAAGGAAAUAUAAAAAUAUAUCAAUAAACGCUGUCCAUCCCGGUUACUUAAAAACUGAUAUGGCAACAAAUGGAGUAAGAGAUCCAGAAGAAGCAGCUGAUCUUAUUGUUUAUCUCAUUUUAGACGCAUCCCCUAAUCUAAAAGGCGCGUUUAUGUGGGAUAACAAAAAAUUGGUUGAUUGGUACGACGUUGAUGGUGACUAUUAUUAUAAACACGAGGAUUAA